AUGUUCUAGACUUUCCACUUUCCCCCACCUUUUCCAAAUUUUCUUUUCUACCUCACUCAACCACCAUGGACCCCACCACCGUUCCGCCACCGUACACACCACCACAAUCGCCACCACCGCAAAACCCUCAAACCCCCGCCGGUGCAGUAAUCGAAGCCGAUCGGUUUCCAAAAGGCGAGCCCAGUGGUAGCCGGAACAUGAAAAACUUCAAAGCACUUGUGUUUAAGCUCGCCGGACGAUUUUCACCGGCUAAUCAACGCCUCAUUGACCGGAGAUUUGAUGAUAUUGUUCCUGAUGAGCUUCUUGUUCCCGAUCACCCGCCUUAUGAUGAUAUGAUAUUAACAACCCUUUGGGAGUUGAAAGCAGAAGGUGGUUCUAGUGAGGAAGACAUUUCACACUUCAUUGAAAAGGAAUACCAUGAAUUACCAUGGGCACAUGCUACCAUACUAAAUCAUCAUCUUAGAGAUCUUUGCAUGAAAGGCAAGAUUACGAUGACACACGACAAAUACUAUUUGCGUUGUUUGCCAAUCAAUAAGCCCGAAUCUAGUCCUAGUCCUUGCUCAAGCCCCCUGUCAAGCUCUUGUUCCAGCUCGUCGGCAAGCAUUUACACUAGCCCUAGCUCUAGCUCAUCCAGCUCUAGCAUGAGCUGGGGUGGUUCUAAAAAAAGACGAAAGAAAAAGAAUAUCAAGAGAAGAAAGGGUAAGAUCGUUCAGGUGAGUCGUAGGGAUAGUGGCCGGCAAAGGAGCAGAGGCAGGGGUAGGGGCAGGGGUAGGGGCAGAGGUAGGGAAUUCGGGCAGCCGCGUAAUGCUAAGGGUCGUUACGUAGAAGAACCUGAACAGGGAACUGAAGAUCCAAAUGAAGUUACAAGCAUGGAGGUUGAAGAUAAUUCAAAUAAAGAUGGAGAUCUUCCUGAUGUAAUUGCAAAGGUUAGUGAAGAAGAAAAUCCGCCAUGUGUACAAAAUAAUAAAGAGCAGUCUCGACCACAAAAGAAGUAUAAUGUUACAUGGAUCGGUCGGAGAGCGCGAAAACUACAAGAAGACGAAAUAGAUUUUUUAAACGAACUGUUUGAUGAUAAGGUCACUGAGCUGGAAGCUGAUGUCGGCGAUGCUAAAGUAGAUGAACAUGUUGAACAACCGGAGCGGAAAGAAGCUGAAAUUGAUACUCUGAAUGUAGAGUCUGAUGAUGAUGUCACUGUGCUGGAAGUUGAUGUCGGCGAUGCUAAAGUAGAUGAACAUGCUGAACAGCUGGAACCGAAAGAAGAAAAGGGAGCCACGGAUAUGGAAGUGGAACAUAACCGACAAGAAGAAAACCAGCAGUCUGAGAUCGUUGAGAGACAAACUUUAGGGGAAGAACGAGUAAAGGAUGACGAAAAUCUGUUUGAAGAACAACAUGGAGACACAUUUGACGAACAAAUUCAGCCUGAAGAAAACGAAGAGGAAUGUGUUGAAAAGACCGAAGAAUCUGAUGAGCAAGUCGAUCGUUUAACUAAAGAACAAGUAGAGACAAAAGCACAAUCUGCGGAUCUGCAUGAGGAUGAUGAUGUCACUGAAGAACCGACUCAUCCACAAGAACAAUGGGUUGAAAAGGCUGACGAAUCUGAUACGCAGCUCGAUCGUUUAACUGAAGAACACGUAGAGACAAAAGCACAAUCUGCGUAUCUGCAUAAUGAUGAUGAUGUAACUGAAGAACCAAUUCAUCCACAAGAGCAAUGUGUUGAAAAGACUGUAGAAUCUGAUACGCAGCUCGAUCGUUUAACUGAAGAACAAGUAGAGGCAAAAACACAAUCUGCAGAUUUGCUUGUUGAUGAUGAUGUCACUGAAGAACCAAUUCAUCCACAAGAGCAAUGUGUUGAAAAGGCUGAAGAAUCUGAUAAUCAGAUUGAUCAUUUAACUAAAGAGACAAAAGCACAAUCUACGGAUUUGCAUGAUGAUGAUGUCGUUGAAGAAGCUGUUCAUCCACAAGAGCAACGUGUUGAAAAGACUGAAGAAUCUCUUCAAUCUUGCGAACAAGAUCAGUCGAAAAAUGUAGAAGCUGAGUCAGCUGAACAGGAACAACAACAAACCGAAGUAAAUCAGAAAGAAAUCGAGUCAGCUGAUGUCCAACAAGAACCAUUUGUUGAAAUGAUUGAACAAAAAAACGAGUCUUGCAUACACCAAACUGAAACAUCUGAGAAAGAUUCAUCUGAAGAAAAUAACAACCCGGUGAGACAAGAAGAAAAUGCGACGUCAUCAGGUAGUACAAGUGAAGGAUCGAGGCGGACAUUGAGACAAGGGUUGAGAUCGAGCAGCAAGAAAGAAGAAGCAGCUCCAAAAUCCGGUUCCAAGAAACAACCCGAGCUCGUGACACCUGUCCGUCGAAGCCUGAGGUCUAAUAAAACAAUUUCAGACGCAGCUGUAGUAACCGAGGUUGCUGAUCACUCAAAAGAGCAAGUAACACAUUUGGGACGAACAAGAUCCUCCAAGAGGAAAACCGAAAUUGCAGAAGCAGAACAGGUGUCAAACACCCGGAAAACUAGGAGAACUGGUUUAUAAUUCCUAGGACUGUAAGGUAGUGUUCGUUUGACAGAAUGAAAUGGAAUCUUGAGGGAAUUGGAAUGUUGACUUUACUCCUUAUUUUGUUGGUUUCAACAAGAAAAUGAAUUGGAAUUGAAUAACAACAUAAGAAAGGGAAUCUACAUUCUGAUUCUAUCCAAAUUUCAUUCCAUUUUACAAAUCAGACACACCUAAAUUACAAAUCAAAUUUCGAUUUCCGCGCGAAUUCCCAUUUCAAUUCCAUUAGAAUCCAUGUAACGAACACUACCUAAGGUAAUUGAUAUUUAGUUAUGUUGUAGAAUUGCAUGAUGUUGUACUAAAUUUCAUGGGAAGAUUGAUCUUGUUGUAGCUAAUACAGUUGAUGAUGUUUGUAAAGUGUUGGAGAUGGGUAACUUCAACCUGUGUAUCAGUGUAGGUGUAUCCACAUCAAUGUUAUUAAUAUUUUGUCA